GUAAGAUGAAUGUAUAUGUAUUCUACAUACAAAAUAAUAGACAACAUGAUAAUAUACUUAAUACCUUAAUACAUGAAGAAAAAAUGAGUGAAACUUUGUGGUCCAAUAACUUAGGCAGCUAAGAUCCUUCCCCACUUUUGUUUUAAGGGACCUUUACUUCUCUUCUUCUUCUCUUGUUCCAUCUUACAUGUGUGUGUGUGUGUGUAAUAUUUUGCAGAUGAGUAUGAAAGGAAGCAAAGCAGAAGCGAAGAGGAGUUUAAGAGAAAUGAGUGAGGAAGAAGAAGAGGAUACUUUUGAAGAAGAAGAAGAUGAAGAAGAGGCUUUGGAGAAGAAGCAGAAAGGCAAAGCUACAAGUAGCAGCAGCAGUAGUGCUGGAGCUUGUCAGGUCGAGAGAUGUACUGCGGAUAUGAGCAGAGCCAAACAGUAUCACAGACGACACAAAGUCUGCGAAUUUCAUGCCAAAGCUCCUGUUGUUCGGAUCUAUGGUCUUCACCAACGUUUCUGCCAACAGUGUAGCAGGUUUCACGAGCUUGGUGAGUUUGAUGAAUCCAAACGGAGUUGUAGGAGACGCUUAGCUGGACACAAUGAGAGAAGGCGCAAAAGCGCAAGUGAAGGUGAAGGUGAAAGGUCUCAAGAUCAUAUUGGCUCUCAAGGUUACUGAAGAAAUAAGCUUUGCUUGCUCUCUUCUGUCAGUCUCUUUGUUUAUCUCCUUGUACUCUUAUGUGUCUCUCUAUGUUGUUUCUCCAUAAUGGUUGCAAUCAAAGCUAUCUCCUAAACCUAUGACAUCAAUAGGUGCAUUUAAGACCAAGUAAAUGUUUAUUCGUCAUUCUUAUCAAAUCAGGAUCUAGAUCA